AUGCCCGAGCACGCCUUAGUCUUCCUGCGCUAUGGCCCAUACAGCGCUGCUGGCUUGUCAGUGGAACACCGCUCCUUCCGCCUGCAGGGCCUGCAAGCCGUAUUAAUUAAAGAUGGACAUGAAGUCAUCUUAGAGAAGAUAGACGACUGGAAUGUGGUUGAAUUGGUGGUGAAUGGAGAUGUUGUCUUCCACUGCAAAAUCAACGACCUGGAGUUUGGCGGCGAUGGUAAACUGGACCCACUGUGUGAACAGGCCAGGAUUGCAGUGUUAAGUGCCUAUUGA